GUUGCGUUACCGAGUCUCGGCUUAAUAAUUGUUCUAUUUGUGUUAACAGAGAGAUUUAGUUUAUCAGAAUCAAAAAUUCGGACUAGCCGAACGAUGAUCGCAAUACUGAAAAUUCUAGGGGCUACAUUCGGAUUAUUUUUUAUGUCUUCAGAUAGCUUGGCUACAUCUGAGUUGACGACGACGCGAGGUCCCAGGUUUCUAGAGGAUCAUCCUGACGUUGUAGAGUUUACCAAUACAUCAGGUGUGGUUAUUCCUUGUCGUGCUGAUGGUCAACCUCCGCCUAUUGUUCAGUGGAUGAUAGGGAAUCGGAAUGUGGUCAGGAAAGGAAAACUACAGGAGGUUAGCUCAGAUGGGUCACUAGUGUUCAAGCCCUUUCAUGCCAAUGAUUAUCUAUCAGAUGUACAUUCUGCCAAGUACAAGUGUAUGGUCACUAAUGUUGCUGGAACCAUUCGUAGUAAAGAUAUCCGGGUCAGAGCAGUGAUCGUCAGACAUUUUGAAGUUCAAGUGUAUAAUGAAUAUGUAAUUCGAGGAAAUUCGGCCGUCCUCAAAUGCCACGUACCUUCCCACGUGCGAGAUAUCGUGACAGUGACGUCAUGGAUUCAAGAUGAAAGUAUACAAAUCACGUCCUCUACGUUACAAGGAGGCAAAUACUCUGUUCUACCAACAGGGAGUUUGUUGAUACGUGAUGUCACAGAAAAAGACGAAAGAAAAGUUUAUCGUUGCCAAGUUUACAAUCGUCUGACUUCAGAAUCAAAAGUUAGCAGCAAAAGUGGGAGAAUAAUUCUAACAGAUGUCCAUAGCCCUAUUUCGCCAAGACUGAUUCAUUCUUUACAAACUGUCCAAGGGCAGAAAGGUGAAGUUUUAUCUCUACCUUGCGUAGCACAGGGGAAUCCCGCUCCUUACUAUCAGUGGUAUAGGCUACACGGAAGAGACAAGAUCCCCCUGUUUCCCGGAUACAGGUUUAUUCAGCACUCGGAACUCCUCGUUCUAGAACAUCUCUCACUGGAAGACAACGGUACUUACGUAUGCGUGGCAAACAACAGUGUUGGAAAGGUUGAAGCUCAAACUAUCGUCUUUGUUUCUGCGCCUUUCAAAGUUGACCUACAUCCACAUGUUCUCACAGCAAACUUCGGAGACUUAGUAACUUUUGGGUGUAGCGUGUCUCCUACUACAAACACAGCAAGGACAUUAAUUUGGUUUAAAGACGGGCACCCCCUAUCGGCAAACACAAGAAUUAUGAUAUUAGACAAAGGAAUCUUAAAUAUUCAUUCGGUACAACGAGAAGAUAAGGGAAUGUAUCAGUGUAUGGUAACGUCAGACAGAGUUUCAAGUCAGGACACAGCAGAACUAGUUGUCAGAGAACAACACCCUAGAUUUCAUUUUACUUUUGAAUCUACUGUUGUCCAACCCGGUUCAACUAUCUCAAUGAAAUGUUCUGCUUCCGGUAUUCCACUUCCACAAAUUACGUGGACAAGAGAUGGCGUUAUGGUACCGGAAGUAUAUUUGACCAGAAUUGGAGACUACGUCAGCAACAGGAACACAGUUAAUAGCUACGUCAACAUAAGCUCUGUAAGCGGUUCGGACGGGGGGAUUUAUUCGUGCACUGCGGAAAACAUAGUUGGUAGAGUUACUUAUUCAGCAAGAUUAGACGUUUAUGGACCACCAUACAUUCGACCAAUGGACAACAUAACAGUUUUGGCUGGGAGGUCAGCUACUGUGCAAUGUCCUUUUAGUGGUUUUCCUCUGAAAGAAGUUUUUUGGGAAAAAGAUGAGAAGAGACUUCCUUACAAUCACAGGCAACGACCAUUUCCUAAUGGCACCUUUAUCCUAGAAGAUAUUCAACAUCAGGACUUUGGAUGGUACGCUUGUGGUGCUACAGAUGGUCAAGGAAGAAAGGCAAGACAGGAGCUUUGGAUAAAUGUGGCAACGCCACCUGUAGUUGAACCUUUGAAGGUAUCCAAUUAUUUAUCUGAGGGUGAAAGAGCGUCUGUGAUGUGUGUUGUUUCAGCCGGGGAUCUUCCUAUUUCUAUACAUUGGAAAAAAGACGGAAUGUCUUUACCCUCGGAUCUAGAGGCUUCUGUCGUUAUGGCCAAUAACUACACUUCUAUUCUCUCCUUCCCAGUCGUACGACACGAACAUAGAGGAAACUACUCAUGUGUAGCGUCAAACCCUGUAGCAUCGAAUAACUUCACAGCAGCUCUUGACGUAAAAGUUCCUCCUAAGUGGAAGCACAAACCCGUUCAUCAGGCUUCUGUCGUAGGUCAUAAGGUAGUUUUCAACUGUCAGGCUGAAGGAUUUCCAUCUCCUGUUGCCCGCUGGAAGAAAGUUAUCGGAAAUGAUGGCGAAUUUCGGGUGGUUAUCAGCAACGCCAACAUUCAGAUUUUAGAAAACGGUUCUUUAGUGAUCCAAGAAGCUACGCCUGAAGAUUCUGGUUCUUAUAUGUGUCAACUGACUAAUGGUGUUGGUUCAGGACUUAGUACUGUAAUUGACCUUUCUGUCCAUGUUGCAGUACACACUGAGCAGAAAUUUAAAGUCUAUACAGUGAAGGAAGGAGACAGUGUAACUUUAGAGUGCCGUGCUCGUGGAGAAAAUCCGAUUGAAGUCACCUGGAUGAUGGACCAGGUUCCCUUUGAUCCAACUAGCAGUCCAAGGUACAUUUUUAAAGAAACGAUAGAGCCUGAAGGGAAAGUCUCGACGAUCAAAAUCAUCUCUAUUAGCCGCGAAGAGUCCGGUCUCUUUGUUUGUGAUGUGGAGAAUGAUUACGGAAAAGAUGAGACUGGAUUUCAAGUUGUUGUUCAAGAAAGACCAGAUCCCCCCAAAGACUUAAAAGUCAAAGAUAAGAGCAGCCGCACCGUGUCCAUAAUAUGGGCUUCGCCUUUUAAUGGGAACAGUCCAAUAACAAAGUAUUUAUUGGAAAUCAAGUCGGCAGAUGAUUUUUGGAAUAGAGACAGUGAUGUCAUAGCUAUGGAAGCGUUUAGGACCGAGUACACGAUUCAAGGCUUGUUACCUUCAUCAGCGUAUAAAGUACGCAUGCGCGCAAAUAAUAACCUCGGUUCCAGUGACUAUAGUGAUGUAAUAACAGUUACCACUGAUGACGAGCCCCCUGGAGAAAGACCUCGAGAAGUAACAGUUUCUGCAAGAGGGUCUCGAUCAAUUUAUGUAACGUGGAAACAACCACACCAGAAAGAAAAACGUUUCAACAUUGUUGGAUACUACGUUGGGUACAGAGUGCAGCAUGAUGAUCCGACACUUCCAUUCAAGACUGUAGAAAUUCGAAACCAUCAAACCCAUGAAUGUGAAAUUGGAAAUCUGAAAAGUAGCACUAAAUACGAAGUGAUUGUUCAAGCGUUUAAUGAAGAAGGUGCUGGCCCAACGUCUAUGCCCGUCAUCGUUGAAACAUUUGAAUACGAUCCACCACGUGCACCUACUCUUCAAAUAUUGUCUACCACAUCGUCUUCUAUCCAUUUAACAUGGGAUAAACCAGAAAAUGAGAAUCCAGUUGACGAAUAUAGCUUAUACCACAAAGAAGAAAUCUCCGAAUGGAAGCAAAUAAAACUACCAGGAAACAUACAAAGUCACGUGUUUCAUGAUUUAAGGUGUGGUAGGAAAUACGAGUUCUAUAUGGAAGCUCAAAACAGCGCCGGUAGAGGACGGCCUAGCGAAGUUAUUACCAUUACGACUGAUGGCUCAGCUCCUCAAGCUCCUGAUAAGCAUAGACUAUUGGCAGUAAACGCUACAUCAGUAACUGUACAUCUCUCCGUUUGGCGACGUGGUGGAUGUCCCUUGUUGUAUUUCUCUGUUCAGUACAAGCCAUUAGAAAGCACAGAAUGGAUACUUCUAUCCAAUAAUAUCCUACCAGAGCAGACGUCUUUGACCAUCCCAGAUCUAACGCCAGCUACAUGGUAUACUUUGUUAAUAACUUCGAGCAACGAGGCUGGAAAUACAGAAGAAGAGUACGUUUUUGCCACUCUUACUCUAUCUGGCGCAACGGUGUCACCUCAUUACUCAGCAUCCAGUCACACAAGCGGACUCUAUCGCCAAUUAAAAAUAAUAAUUCCUGUUGUUUGCACAACCGUGGUGCUUGUGUUAGUAGUCACUGUAGCGUGUGUAAUUUUGUUACGUCGACGACAAGUAAAUCCGCCCAAUUGUACCUACUCAACAGCCAUUAGAGAUUCUGAUCCAGGGAAAACGGAAACAGGGGAAGCUGUACCUAUGACAGUUUGGGAUAAGCGCAACCAAUCGGAUCCUCGCUUACAUCACAGCCGUGAUCAGCUCUAUUUUCCGUCGCCAUAUGCCACAAGUAGGUUAUCUGUUUAUUCGGGAGAAGGUGAUGUGGAAGGUGGAGGAACUCCGUCCUGGAACUCUCAAUCGGACCCUCGUCUGCGGCAUAGCCGAGAACAACUGCCUUAUCCAAACACAUACGCCCCUAGUGGGACUUCUGUGAACUCCGAUGAUUUACAAACAGAUAGGGGUAUUAAUUUCUCAUGGGGUCAAUUAACAUCUGAAAAUGGAUUUCACACCUAUGAUAUUCCUAUUCGACGUAAACCGGUUUCUCAAAAUCAAAGUUUUAAAGAAGAACAAGGCCACUCGAAAGUCAAGAACAAAGGCCAGCAUGUAUACCUUAAUCCUGUGGGAAUCGCAUCUCGUUCUUCAAAGGACAUUGGGAUUGAAUUCACCAAUGAUUUGGCAACUCAUGAAAGCUAUACGCCUCCUGAAACAGUAUCCACUGGUUCUGGAACAGAAAGACAUUACGAUCAAAUCAAACGACCAAAGCACCAUCUGUCGAGAAGUCUUCAAAAGAAAUUCUCUGAUGGCAGAACUGGUGAAAAUGGUCAACGGAAGAUAGAUACUGGAGAAGAACGAUGCGAUUUUUCUGAUGCUGAAUGUGAUAGGUAUUGGUCUAGAGUAUAUCUUGGGCAGGAGUCGUGAUCGUCAAAUUAAGACUUUGUGAUGAUGAAAAAAAAUAUAUAAAUUGUUGAUCCAAUGUCCAUGUUAGACAGAGAUUGUGAACGUAGAAUUGUGGUCUAAAAUAUAAUUAUUUUAUUUUAUCUCUUAGUUUGCUAAGUUAUAUAUUUUUUGUGAUACUUGUUUAAUAUAUUUCUUAGAAUUACAAAUUUUUGUUAAAUCGAUGGCCAUCAAAACAUUUUCAGGUUAUAACUGUAAUUGCAACUUUAGGAACACCUCUUUUUUAGUUGCUUUUCACAAACGAAUAUUUUUGAUGUUUUACCAUUUUAUUUUGUAUUAUUUAAUGUUUCAAAGAAAUUUGCUUAAAACAUUCUUAGAAGUGUAAAAAGGGUAAGUAGUAAUUUAUUGGAGGCUUAAUUAAUGUUUCUUUGUACUUCUAAAACUAUGUGCUCAUUUCAUGUAGGACAUUAUUCUCGGUAAUCAGAAUUGUUUGGGACACACAAAAAAACAGACAUUUUUAGCAAACGUAGCAUUAGUAGGACUCAAAAUUUUAUCAAUUACAAGAUGCACAUUUCUUUAGGAACGUAGAACGUAAGGUAACGAAACAAAAUAAAAUUUCUUUUUUAUGUAAGAUUAUUCAGUUCUUGGUGAAUUAUCUCCUGUUAAUGAAAUUUAUAAAAAUACUUUAAAUUUUUUUUCAAAAGAUUACGAACCAAAUGACAAUUUUUAAUGCCAUAAUAUGAAAUAUUAAUUUGAAGAAUAUAAUAGUUUAUAAAUACUAAUAAAAUAUUAUUUAAUUUAGGUUACGGAAGUAAUGAAUUAUGAAAUGGUGUUACACAUUUAGUAGUACAUAUAUAGGCUUGCUUUUUUUUUUGCUUUUUCAUAAAAUGCAUGCUCUUUAAUACUGUCAUUUAGGAAGCUUAAUAUAGGAUAUUGUCAUGAUCGUAAGUUUGUUUUACAUCACGCUGCACAGUGAGCUAUUUGUUGUGUAUCUGCUACGGAGAUCGAACUCUGAAUUCUAAUGCCAUAAGCCAUCAAGCUUACCAUUGAGCCACCAGGUGGUCACGAUUGUAGGAAGUAUUAUAUAAUUGUCCUAAUAGUUCAUGUUUUUCUAGUUACAUUGUAUUGUGCGGGUUGAAAAAUAUAACGAGUUUAAGAAAGAUAGCUUUGGGAAAAAUGGGGUACGGCGGCCAUCUUAACAUUGGAUACUGUAUUCCACCAAUUAAGUUACCAAAACAGAAGAUAUGUUAAAAUGAGCCCUGGUUUAUUUUAAAUGUCGUAUAUAGUUAAAACAAAGUUUGCACAUAUAUAUCAUUUUUAGAUAUUGAAAAAUACAUCUCUUGUGUUUGGAGAACCGUUCUAACUUAUAAGGUUGGAUAAAACGGACCUCUAAGAUGAUUUUGGGCAGAAGAGCAUGGGUAGAAGUGUGAGGUAGAAACGCCCCACAAAGGGCUGUUUUACUUUCAACUACUAAUCGUAAAACAAUCGCAAGUUGUAAAAAAUCAAUGAACUCGAACUGUGUUUCUUUUAGCAUAUCUACCUGUCCAUAAUUCCCCAUUGUUUAAAAUCGACACAUUCCUUAAAACAACUACUUUGUAACCAUAAAAACUUCGAAGUGCUUACCUUAGCUCAAAGUUUUCAAAAACAAAGAACUGACGUCACACUUUGACUAUUCAUAUCCGUUCUCAUCCUCCAGUGUGUUUGUAAACGGGGUCAGCUAAAAAACAGUUACAUAUAGUUUUCUAUAGAGGUAACAUGUUAUAAUUCAUGAUAUACAGGGGGUGGCUGUUUUACUGAAAAUGAAAGUCUUGCCUCAAUUUCCCUUACUACUGAUUUGUAUUGUUUUAUUUAAAGAGUAAAAAGGUAUUAUCUAAUCCUAAGAAAUAGAAUAAAAAAUAAACGCCACUUUUACAAUUUUUCUUUUUAUUUAAGCGUUUAUAUUUAUAAUUACGUAAGACAAAUAACUUGCAAGCAAAACGUGGUAAUUAUCUGAUCAGAAACUGUGUUCUUUUAGCAGUGAGAUAUUUAAAUUUCUUUAUUAUAUUCUAAAAUUAUUUUCUCAGAAACAUCUGAUCAGUUUAUAGACAAUUUUCCUUGUGUACAAUUUGAAAAGGUUAAUGUUUUAAAUGUGAAAAAAACUUAAGUUAAAUAUUCUAUUGCGAUCAACACUUUGUAAAUAUUUUAUGCUAAGAAUUUAUCGAAACGUUUUUCUUUACAUGGAACAUCUUACCUUUUAAUAUUUCAAUUUUUCAAAAUAUACAAAAUGGAUAUUAUUCAAGCUCAAAUGACCCUAAACACUUAUUACAAUAUGUUUAUAUAUUUUUUCCCACAAUAAAAUCUGAAUGAAAUAAUAAAAAUCUGAAAAAAUUCUUAUUUCCAAGGAAAUGGUAAAUUAAAUUAAGAUUAUAACUACCGUAAACGAUUACCCCCAAAACAAAAACGAAAUAGGAACCAUUUCGUAAUUUUUUAACAGACAUCAAAUAAUAUUAUUUGUUCUAAUAAAACAAAAUCUGAAAAUGAUUUGUUUUCAAGAUUUUAUUUUACUUUUAGCUUGAAUGUGAGAAUGUAGAAAAAAACACGUUGUUAAGCUAGUCAUUUGAAACAAUACGGAUUUAAGAAAACUGUAAAUUUCUGAUAGGGAUGUUAUCAUCCUUUUUUUUUUCAAAAAAAAAAUCCCAGUUUUAUAUAUUCAUCUAUUUAGCAAAUAUAAUAACAAAAUAGUUUUCAUUGUUGCACUAGAGAUUAUCAGAUUCUGUUUUCAAUGGAAUAAAGAUAACUGAAAAUAACGAAGCUUUUGUUUUUGGAAUUUAAAUAUAUUUAACAAAUAAAUAUAUUAUCAUGAUUGUUCAUUGAAAAAAUAGUGUAUAUUUCGUUCAGUUAAGAAUUUUAGUGAAUGUGUCCUAUUUAAUUAUAUUGAUUGAAAACAAUCAAGGAUUUUAUGCGUAUUUUUCUACAGAUACUAGCUUACAGUGAAAUAUUUGGAAAUUAUUGGUUCCUGUAUAAUUUUUCACCAACUGCAAGAAGAAAUCGGAAUGAACUUGUGUAUGUGUGCAAAUGCGUGAAAUAAACCAACAUCAAUAGAAUUUCCUUCAGAGGGUAUUACUUGUCUCUUUUAAAGUAUGAUCUCAGACACUUAAAUAUCGUGUUAUUUAUGCUUUUGAUGUACAUUUGAUGCCAA